AUGACAACACGUACAUCGUCAUCAUCAUCAUCUUCAGAGAGUGAAGUAUCAAGACGUGAGCGUAAUUUUAGUGAAACAUCAAGAGAUGCAUCUCAAAGUGAAUCACGUGUCUAUGCCCCAUCAGUAACAAAUACUAUCGAUGCUACUUCACUAGCUGAAACAGGAACUCUACGAACUGUUUCAUCACCAAUAAGUCAUGUCUCAGGAACAGCUUCUGGUACAGGAUACGAUUCAGUUAGUUUGACAACAGCAACUGAUACAGGUUUUACAAAUGCGACAACUGCUUCACAACAACAAUCAGUUGUUGGUGGUAUUCCUAUAAUUCGACCACCUAUUUUACAACAACAAACAAGUACAGGUAUUGGAACUUUUGGACCACAACGACCAACUGGUUAUCCAACACAACCACCUGUAGUUUCGACAAAUGUUGUUACUCAACAACCAAUUCGAAUUGAUGUAACAGCAGCACAACAACAAUAUCAACAACAUGGACUUCAACCUGAAAUUAGUCCUUAUAGUGGUUCAACAGUAUCGACAAGUGGUGAAUCUAUAUCAAGUCAUGGUACUAGUUCUAUUCAACAACAACCUCGUGUAGCUCCUGCUCCAAACAUAGUCAAUCCUGGAAAUCUUAAUCAACUUAAUUUAAGUGGUUCUCAAGAAUUUCGACCACAAAGUCAAGGUAUUUUUCCUCAACCCCAUGGACAAUUUUUUCAUCAUCAACAACAACAACAACCACAAACACAACAAGCAUUAUUACAAAAUCAAAUACCAGCUCAUCAAGUUUAUAAUGAAUUACUUGGUCCUGAUGCUUUUAAAGAUGUUAUUUUAGAUAUUGAUUAUGGAGCUAUGGGAGGUUUUAAUGCUGCUUUUCAAUCAGGUAGUGAUUUUCUUGGUGGACAAUUACCACCUGGUAUUAGUGUUCGUCCAGCAUAUACAACAGUUGAUUCUCUUAAUUAUCAACAUCAUAUGUUUAAUACAGCACGAACAAUGCAUGCAGGUGGUGAAAAUCUUAAUUUCGAUUUUGAUGGUACUGGUAUAAGCAGUAAUAUAGGUGGAUUUGGUGAUGUUUAUGGUGGACAAAAUUUUGAUGCUGCUAAAGCAGUAUUUAAUUUAGCUGAUACAAAUCGAGAUGGUUCAAUUAGUCGACAAGAAUUUCAAAAAUUUUUUCAAGGUGGUCAACAAAAUGUUGGUGAACAAUCAUAUUCAACAACAACUAAUUAUCAAACAAAUAUACCAAGUUAUAAUAGUACUAAUGAUAAUUUUUAUCACGCAGGUUUAUUUGCUGGAGCAGAUCCAACUAUAGCUACUAUUCUCCAACAAAGUGGACUUGGACAAGUUGUACCUAAUCAAUAA